GCCGAAAAUGGAUGGCUUUCUUUUUUCGGCAAACAAGCAAAAUAAAAAGGGAUUCGUUACUGCAAGUCCUCUUUCUUUUUUCUUUUCUCUCUUCUAUUUAAGUACUUUCUUUCCUCUAUUCUAUAUCCAUUAAGACAUGAACAACGAAGAAUCAACACUCAAGGUGGCGAAUCAUGUAUUGGCUUCCAUUCUCAAUGAUUUGUCUUUUCUAAAAGAUAACAAUUUCCUGUCCCAUCAAACCUACAAUGAAGUGCUAGCUGUUUUACCAAAGAGGAUAUCUCCUCAACAAACAGAUCACUUUCAACAGCGACAAAAAGCCAGCACGUUGGAAGCGAGACCUCCUUUGCCUAUUCGAAAAUCUACAUCUACUACUACUACCAAAAGCGUAUCUUCCCCACAGACUUCCAUGCCAGUACCACAAUUACCAACGAGACGCAGCACGGUCGCCAUGUCUAUUCCUAACAACCAUAACAGAGAUUCAAUGGUUACAACAGCUGCUGCUGCAAAUUCUGCUCAUCAUCAUGUCGGUCAACCAUUGGCACAUACCACAGCAGGGACUCCAGUAACUGCAGAACCUAAAGAACACCAAGCAACCUCUUUGCCAUCUCCAGCUCCACCUGCUUAUACUCAGAGCCCUGUGGGAGUGAGUGAUACAAAUGAGUCCUUGGCAACCGCAGAAGCUUUAUAUAACUACCAAGGAGAAGACCCAGCCACCGAUUUAUCAUUCAAUCAAGGCGAUGUCAUUGAAGUCAUUGAAUAUGUGAAUGAUGACUGGUGGAAAGGAAGACUACAUGGAAAGACGGGCAUCUUUCCUCAAAAUCAUGUCAAAAAAUUACCACCUCCCAUUAAAGCAAAGCGUCCAGUUAUACCAACAACGAAUAGUAGCUUCUCACCUCCUUUAUAUCAUCAACAAAAUCAUCAGCAGCAACAACCACAUGAGAUGAAUGAAAAGAAUACCCCAACACCAUUCCCUUCAGGCUCUUAUUAUAGUCAACCUCCACCCUCAAAUGCUAUCUAUACGCCACCACCUGCUUAUCCACCAUCACAAGCUUAUAGCCAACCACCACCACCAGCAGCAGGGCCUGUGGUGGUGAAUCAUGUGGUUGGGCCCUCGUCAACACCAGCGGAAGGGGAAGAGCAACAAGAUAAAGUAGCCAACAUUGCCAAAAAGUUUGGUGGUAGAGUUGCCACUGCUGCCACUUGGGGUUUCGGUGCAACACUCGGAAGUCAAGCUGCAAAUGCCAUCUUUUAAACUAACGAUAGCUUUUUUUUUUUUGAGGAAAGAUGGCCAUAUCCUAAAAGAGAGUAAAUCACCUAGAUAUCCAUUGACUUUGACGAAAUGACUUGUAUUAGUAUAUACUCUGUAA